CGCUGCCUGUGGAAUUCUGUUCUCUAACUGGCAGCUGCACCCCGGACUCUGCACCAUUCCUAAUCUUUCCUGAGGCAAUCUGACAUCACUGAAGACUCCGUCAUGUUAUUAAAAGCAGAGGAGCACGUUUUCUAGGAUUUGUAGUCACACGGCUGUAUUUGAUUUUCAUCCCAAUUGGACUGUGGGAGGGGACUUUAAGCCGUUGUGCUGUUCCGAAGAAAAGAUUUUGCUACAUCUCCACAAGUCCGUGGUGAGACCACACUUGGAAUAUUGUGUCCAGUUCUGGUUGCCCUACUGUAGGAAAGACACAGAGACUUUGGAGAGGGUGCAAAGAAGGUUUACCAGGAUGCUGCCUGGACUGGAGAGCAGAUGUCUUCCUCAGAGAAAUCUGCUCUUAUCAAACCCUCACUGACUGAGGCCCAGGCUGUCGAGUUGGUCGAGCGGUUGUACGGUCUGAAGGUCUCCAGUGUCCAACCAAUGCCUGGUUACGAUGACCAGAACUUCCACAUCCUGGUGUCUGAGGACCAGGUGACCAGAGAACACAGUCAGAGCUACGUCCUCAAGGUGAUGAACGCUGGUGACAGUGAGGAUGCUGAUUUAAUUGAAGCACAAACACAAGCCAUGAUGUUUUUGAGUGAGAAAGGAUUGCCUUCACCCACACCAAUCCCAACCAUUGAUGGCAAGAUUAUGUCGUUGGAGACGAUUGGCUGUGGAGUCCAAUCGAAGGCCCACAUGGUCCGGUUACUGACCUACCUCCCUGGACUUCCAUUGUCUGAAAUGCCUAUAGGGCCUCAGAUCUUGUACAAAGCUGGUCAAACCCUUGCACGAAUGAAUGAAGUGCUUGCAGAAUUCCAGCAUCCUUUCCGGAAGAAUCUGCAGCGGCCAGAUUUCCUCUGGAAACUCUCAAACAUUCACUUGCUGAACAAAUAUCUUUAUGCAGUGGGAGAGGGAAGGGAUCGCCAAAUUAUAGAGCAAAUUAUUCAGCAAUUCCAGGAAGAGAUCAUUCCAAAUCUCUGCAAGUUGCGUCAAAGCUUGAAUCACGGAGACUUCAGUCACACCAACAUUCUAGUCCAGCCUGUUCACCCCUCAGCUAACCACUCCAACCCAACUGAGCUGCAGCAGGAACUGGACAUCUCUGGGUUACUGGACUUCAGUGACAUGAAUUAUGGUUAUUAUGUCUUUGAUGUGGCCAUAUCCAUAAUGUAUCUGAUGCUGGGGAGUAACGAUCCCAUUAGUGCAGGGGGCCAUGUCCUCUCGGGCUUUGAGAGUGUGAUCCCGUUACUCCCUGAGGAGCAAGACGCCAUUUUCCUGCUGGUUCUUUGCAGGUUUUCUCAGUCACUGGUUAUGGGGAGAUACAAUGCUCUGCUUUACCCUGAAAAUGCAGAGUACCUUCUGAGCACUGGGAGAGCUGGCUGGAAGUGUCUCCACCAACUGUGGUCGCUGGGGAAAGAGGCAGUAGGAAAGAUUUGGUUUGAGGCAGGCAAGUUCCAAAGCACUUGAUGCAGACCCUGUUUCAGUGUAGUCCCAGGCACAUUGGCUUCCAGGAGAACAAGGACAUCUCGAUGAAGAGGAUUAUUAGAUUAGAUUCCCUACAGUAUGGAAACAGGCUCUUCAACCCAACAAGUCCAUUCCAACCCUCCGAAGAGUAACCUAGCCAGACCCAGUCCCCUGCCCUAUAUUUACCCCUGACUAAUGCACCUAACUCUAUGGGCAAUUUAGCAUGACCAAUUCAUUUGAGCUGCACAUCUUUGGAUUGAGGGAGGAAACCGGAGCACCCGGAGGAAACCCACACGGACCCACCCACCCACAGACACGGGGAGAAUGUGCAAGCUCCACACAGAUAGUUGCCCAAGUUGGGAAUCGAACCCAGUCCCUGGCGCUGUGAGGCAGCAGUGCUAACCAUUGAGCCACCGUGCUGCCCCUGACUGCUGGAACCUGGAAUUGUAUUAAUACUUUAAGCUCCUAAUCAUUAAGGUAUAUUAAACUUUGUUUUAACCGGUUCCGUAUGUUUUAGUUUUGGUUUACUCAUUUGUGGGAUGUGGGUGUUACUGGCUGGGCCAGCAUUAAUUAACCAUCCCUCGUUACCCUUGAGAAGGUGGUGGGGAGCUGCCUUCUUGAACCGCUGCAGUUCACCUGCUGUGGGGUUGACCCACAAUCGCUUUGUGAAUUGAAUUCCAGGAUUUUGACCCAGUGACAGUGAAGGAAUGGCGCUAUAUAUUUCCAAGUCAGGAUGGUAAGUGGAUCGGUGGGGAAUGUGUAGAUGGUGGUAUUCCCAUAUAUGUGCUGCCCUUGUCCUUCUCAAUGGAAGCGGUCAUGAGUUUGGAAGGUGCUGUCUGAGCAUCUUUGGUAAAUUUCUUGUGGAUUGUACACACUGCUGCAACUGAGCAUCAGUGGGUAGAGGGAGUUGAUGCUUCUGGAUGUAGUGCCAACCAAGCCCAUGAACCAGCAUUCUCAAUAAAUCAGCAAGAAUCAUGUACCUCAAACCUGCGAAGUUUACUCUAUUAUCAUUAUCUCAGAGCAGUCAGGUGAGGAUUGCUGUUGAAUGGUGCUCCUCAGUUUGGCUGCUGUCUGUAAAAUCAGAUCCUGAUCGAAU